AUGCCUUCCAUCAAGUCGUAUCGCAUUGCCUCCAUCCCUGGUGACGGCAUCGGACCUGAGGUAGUCAGUGCCACGAUCCAGGUCGUCGAGAAGCUCGCAAAGACACUUGGCACCUUUGAUAUCAAUUUUGAUCACAUUCCCUGGGGAACCGCAUACUACAAAGAAACCGGAAAAUAUGUUUCCGACGACUGCUUGGACACUCUACGAAGAUACGAUGCUGGAUUAUUCGGCGCCGUCGGCGCACCAGAUGUUCCCGAUCACAUCUCUCUUUGGGGCCUUCUUCUUGCUCUCCGCGGGCCGCUGCAGCUGUAUGCAAAUGUGCGACCCGUGAAGACUUUCCCAGGAACCAAGUGUCCCCUCAACACCGCAACUAAAGGAAUAGACUGGAUGCUUGUGCGAGAGAACUCCGAGGGCGAGUAUGCAGGGCAAGGUGGGCGCUCGCACGUUGGACAACCUUGGGAAACGGCGACCGAAGUGGCCAUCUUUACCCGCCAUGCCAUCGAGCGCAUCAUGCGAUUUGCAUUUGAGACCGCCCAGUCACGACCCCGCAAGUUGUUGACCGUUGUCACGAAGAGCAACUCUAUGCGUAACGGACUGGUUCUUUGGGAUGAGAUCGCUGCCUCUGUCGCAAAGGACUUCCCGGAUGUCACUUGGGACAAGAUGCUUGUUGACGCGAUGACCGUCCGCAUGGUUGGAAAGCCUGAUUCAAUCGAUACGAUUGUUGGAACCAAUUUGCAUAUGGACAUCAUUUCGGAUUUGGCUGCUGCGUUGGCGGGCUCGAUCGGUGUUGCGCCUUCGAGUAAUCUCGAUCCCACGCGGAAGAACCCUUCACUGUUUGAGCCUGUACACGGGAGUGCGUUCGAUAUUACGGGUAAAGGCAUCGCGAACCCUGUCGCUACCUUCUGGUCCGCAGCCGAGAUGCUCAUCUGGAUUGGGGAGAAGGAGGCGGCGGCGAAGUUGAUGAGUUGUGUGGAAAGUGUCUGUAGUGCUGGUGUUUUGACUCCUGAUCUGGGAGGAACUUCUGACACCCAAGGGGUAGUUGAUGCUGUUUGUGCUGAGAUUGAAAAGUUGCGCUGA